AUGCAAGCAUUCGACAUAGCAUCCCUAAUAUCACCCUCCUCUGCCAACAACAACUCUUUUCUGAAUGCUAAUCCAGCCUUGAUCUCAAAGCAGUUCAAAGACCUUCUAGAAGCCUGUAGCAGAGAAGAAGAGAAUCCUGGAAACCAGUCUACAUCGUCGAACAGUUCUGGAGAUGGUCAUCAUGACGACGAUGACAUUGACAGUCCUCAACAUUCUUCAGGUGGUCCUAUGAGAAUAGCAUCGUCGCCUUAUGGGUUCGGGAAGUGUAGUGGUGAGUAUGAACUUUUUGUUGAUAAAACAUAAAACUUUAGUACUAAAAAAUUUGAAAGAUGAAAAAGUAUGAAAUUUUUGUUUUACUCUAAUACUAUGUAGUACUAUAUAACGUACUAUAUACUACAACAUGCUUUUUCAUUUUUUAAAGUUUUUAUAGAAAAAUGUUCCAUAUGUUACAAAUAUCAUACCACCUAACUAAAAAUACUUUUGCUCACCCUAUUGUAACAAUGCCAAUAUUAUUUACAUGCCUACCGUAACCCUCGAUUUAAUAACGUUAAUUAACUGCCGGAUUCAUAAAUAAUGCCGGUUUUUUGGAGGCCAAUUUGGUUAUUUGGCAAUUAUCCGGUCCCGGCCCUCGUUUUUAUGAUCUCACAAACAAAUUGACUCGCGCUUUAUUGGCAGCCGGAACAUGGAGGCAGGUGCGCCAAGUAUUUUACGACGUUUUGUUUGUUAUGCUAGGCAUUUUUGAUUAAUUAACGAAAAUUUUAAGAUGCAGGAGCUAGAGGGAAAAUGGGUAAAAUAAGGAAUUGUACGUGAAUUUAAAAUUUUCGUGGCGGGACCUGAACUUAUUUAAAAAAAUUGACAUUACAAGUCAAGGAAAUUUUAAAAAUAUAAAUUUAAAUUAAAAAGCAACAUUUUAAAAAUUUUUAUAGAAAAAAUACACUUCGUGGCGGGACCAAGAUGAGCAAAAGCAUAAAGUUAUAAAAAAAUAAAUUUAAAAAUUUAUAUGAAAAGUAAAAUUUUAAAAAAUUUAUCAUAUUAAAAACUUAUAAGGAAGACGCAAAGAACUCAAAUAACUAGGUAUAAAUGGCUUUAAGUUGAUUUAAAACCAUUUGGUUGGUCAAAUAAUUCUGAGUCUCUUCACUCCGAAAAUUUGCUUUGAGCGGGGCACCGAAUUAUUUGAAUAACCCAACAAUAUUUUAUUUUUGAUGGUAUAUCAAGUCAUAAUAGUAGUGCAAAAAAAGUCAAAACUUUAAAAUUUAGUUUAAAUUUAAAUAUUUUUUAAAAAAAUAAAAAUUUUCAGAAUUUACUGACCCAUCAGCUCGACGUUACCGUACUGCCUUCUCUCGAGAACAAAUUGAGAUUCUAGAGAAAGAAUUCAGCCGAGAAAACUAUGUCUCUAAGACAAGAAGAAGUGAGCUGUCUCAUGAACUCAAGUUACCUGAAGCUACAAUUAAAGUGAGUGUAAUCUUGACAAAAAUUUAUGUAUCAUCUGCCAGAUGACGUAUUUUACACUAAAAUUAAAGAAAAAUGUUUAUCUGAUAGUAUAAUAUUUUUUUACAUAUUAAGAGAUCGGUAUAACAUUACUGUAUCAAAAAGUAUUAUAAGUUUUGUUGUGAUAGUAUUCUUCGAAUGAUGAUAUCAUUCUAUAGUGUACUACUAUUAUACACCGAAUACAACUUGAUAGUAUAACACCAUGACUACCGUACCCUCAACGCACUUUAUCUCUGACUUUAUCGAGGAUGAUAUCGGAUAUUAAAAACAUUUGAUUUAUCCAUUCUCAAUAGACUUGUCGCCCUCCGGGCAUUUUACAUUUCGCCGCACAAUUCGACUGGGAGUUCGACCGUUUUUAUGCGGCAUUUAUUGAAUUCCUCAAUAUUUUUGGGAGCUUUCGGGGAUUAUAGGCUGGUUACUGUAGUAAAAGUUUUUUUUUAUUUAAAUUUUGAAGCUUCGAAAUAAAAAUUUUUGUUUGCUUUGCCAUAUUUUACAAAAACUAAUUUUUAUUCAAAAAAGUUUGAAAUACGGAAAAUUUUGAAAUUAUAGGUAUGGUUCCAAAAUCGUAGAAUGAAAGACAAACGACAAAGGAUGACAAUUGUAAAUUGGCCUCAGUUCGAACAGUUAAUGCUACAGAAUCAGCUGUACAUGUAUGCUUGGAGACAGAACUCACUGAUGGGACAAAAUAUGGCAAAGGGCGCGUUUCCUAGCCAAAAGUAAGGCUAAAUUUAAAAUUUGAAAUUUUUUUAAAAAUUUUUUGUUUUUUAAUGUAAGCUGGUUUGAAGUAACAUUUUUUGCAUGGGAAAGAGGAGGGGGAGGGAGGGGGAAGAAAUUAAAAAUUAAAAAAAUGUAAAAUACGGGGCUGGAAGUCAUGAUUUAAUGUUGCUUUUGAAAGCUUAUGCUUUUAGUAUGAUGAUGAAUCCUUUGCUGGGAAUGCCAUCAAUGCCGUCCUUUCCAAUUCCAUCGACUGACACCCCCUUACCAUCAACUCAGUCAACAACAAUCUUCUCUCAAACCACAGUAAACAAAGAUACAAAGCUAGAAUCAGAGCUCACACCACAAAAGUUGGAAAAUAUUGAAGCUACAUCGUUACCAACAUCUGUAGCCAAUGAUUCUUGUGAGGGUCUAGCUAAAAGUUUAGAAAAAGAAACAUGA